GUUCUCAGUUAUCAUAGGUCUGUUGUAGCCAUGUUGGUUUUCUCUUGGUCUCUUUUGGCCUUGCUGCUAGUGUCCUCCUCCUCGGCUGAGGUUGCUACCAUGGAGGAGGACACAUCCAGGGAGUUGUCUGUCGGUGAACUGCUGGAGAGAGCCAACAGAAACCGCACCCCUGACUUUGAUGAGCCCACCCUGAUCGGAGGAGACAUUGCUAUCAAGUCUGAGGCUGACAGAAACGCUGACCCCUGCACCGCUAGGGGCUGCCUUUGGCAAAAGUGGAGUGAUGGGAAGGUCUACAUCCCUUUCUACAUUACCAAUCACUACUCCUCCCGUGAGCAGGCUAUCAUCAUUCGUGGACUGGAGUCCUUUUCUUCAGUUUCCUGCAUCCGUUUCAGACCCUACCAGAACGGGGAUCAUGAGUGGCUGAGCAUUGAGUCCAGGAACGGCUGCUACUCGUACGUAGGUCGUCAAGGUGGUGGUCAGACUGUGUCGCUGAGUCGUCAGGGUUGUCUGUACCACAGCACUGUCCAGCAUGAGCUGCUCCACGCCCUCGGCUUCAACCAUGAACAGACUCGCUCUGACAGAGACAGCUACAUUAAGGUGCACUGGGAAAACAUUGUUGAUGGCAUGGCGUACAACUUUGAUAAGAUUGACACUCUAAACCAGGGAACUCCUUACGACUACAACUCUGUCAUGCAAUAUGAGAGGUACGCCUUCUCCAAGAACAACCGUCCCACUAUGGUUCCCAUUCCCGACAGCAAUGUAUCCUUUGGCCAGGCCUCCCAGAUGAGUCGCUAUGACAUUGACCGACUGAACAGGCUGUAUGAGUGUUAAACUGCAUGUGACCUUUGACCUGCUGCCUUGAUGACAUCAAAGCAGAUGAAGCAAUGAGUGCUUUGGGCAGAUGGAAGUUUGAGUGGUUAUGUAACAAUAAACUUGCAGACUUCA